CGUCUCUUGAAUUUAUUAUUUUAAGUGACAAUUUUGCUAAGAAAAUGGACCUUGUACCCCCUAUAGCUGCUGUCCAGGCUGCAUGCAGCGUACAACCGCUAGAAGAUUACGAAGGUCCUAGAGCCCCUCUGCUCAGACAAGUAUCCCUGGAUGAGGAGCGUCGAGACGAUUGCCAGGGACACUGGCGAGGACCACACCUGCAGGGUGAGGAGGAAGAGAGGGGAGUGCGACUAUUCAGGGCACUGCUACUACAGCAUUUGAGGUUGGAAGAGCUGAGGCCUCCACCUUGUGUUGUUGCGCCUGCUAGUCCUGAUCCUAGGGGUUGGUGGAUGUACUGGCGUGAUUGGAGGGCUUUGGAACGCGCAGCGAGAAGAUUUCGAGAAACAAAAGCUCAAGGCCGCCUGGCGGAGAGAGCAGGACAGAUACCACUCUUGUGCCUCGAUGAAGUCGAGUUUGAGGAUAUAAUGCAAGAGUUGUGUCAGGCAUGUUGCCAUAUAGAGCAGCGUCCUUUAGUGGUGCUGGCGUUUUUAUGUGAAGUGUGCGCUCGCGCCGUUCGAGUGGGAGGUUGGUGUCGAGCGACGGAUUGGGCGGCCAAGCACGUGGCUCAGAGCGCUACGCCAUGGGCUAUCAGGCAUGGAGGCUGGAGUACAGUAGUCGAACGAAUUGGCAGCACAAGAAGAGAAGAUUCAACUUUUAUAGCAGGCGCGGCCAUUGCAGCUUUACUGGCCUUUCUUAUUUUCUGCCGUACGCGUCUUCGUCACGCAGUACUUUAGACACAGCCCUAGAUGCUGCCAGACCCGCCUAUAACGCGACUGGAUUUCAAAUGCAACGGCAAGCGUUAAUUGCUAUUGGAGCAUUUUGAAUUCUCAACGCACUUGGAAUUCUUUCUGAUUGGAUGGCCCAUCGUCAAAGGUUGCCAACUUUAGGAAUGGAAUUUCUAACAGAUUUCAAUAUAACCAUAUUGAUCUCGUUGACAAAGAACCUAAUGUUUAUUGAGAGGUAAAAAUAUAAAAGUAAAAGAAUGCGAAAGAUAUAAAAAAGUUGAAAAGAAUUUUCAGACGAUUUUAUCUAUUACUAUUUUGUAUGUUAACUUUGA